AAAAAAAAAACAUGAAAUAUAUUUAUUAAACAUUAAUUGUAAUAACUUUAAUAACUCUAUCAUCUACCCAAACCUACAACUGCCCUGCCUACUGCGGUUCUUUAUUUAGUUAUUAUAAAUACGAUCCUGUAUGUGCUGUCACAUUCAACUCAUUCAAUGUUUAAUAAAAAAAGUUUUACAUGAACGAAUGUUAAGCCUGUAAGACUUCAAAUCUUAUUCCUACAUUAUUUUAUGCAGAAGGAAAAUGCAAAGAUUAUAAGAAUUUCUAUUUAUGUGAUCCUGAUUUAUAGGGAAAUUAAAUUUGUACUAAGGAAUAUUAACCUGUUUGUGGUUAUUCAUUUUAGAUUAAAACUGCUAUUACUUAUGGAAAUAGAUGCUAAGCAUGCUCUGCUUUGGGUGUUUAUAAAUAUAAAUUAGGAAAAUGUUCGAAAUUUAAUUUUUUAGAUGAUAUAAUUAGAUGUGAUAAUGAUUAAAUAUCUAAAAUUUGCACAGCUGAUUAUAAUCCAGUUUGUGGAUGGGCAGAUAAAAAAAAAAUUAAAUGUUUAAGAUAUCCAUGUGCAUCUAGUUAUUCUAAUGGAUGUGAAGCUUGUGCAGAUAAAAGUGUAGAAUAUUAUACAAAAGGAAGUUGUCCAGGAGAACCAGAAAUUGGACCUGAUGAUAUAUUUGAUUAACUUUAAGUGCCAUAAGAAUAAAAAUGCCCUAUUAAAUUUGUAAAGUCUGAUGUAACAACAAAAGCUGAUGCUACUGUUGCAACAGGAGAGCUUAAUGCUAGACCUGCUUAGUAGGUUUUAAUGUGUACAGAAAAUGAUUAACCGGUUUGUGGUUUAUAUAAUCCUAAAAUGAGAGUAUGUAUUACAACCCCAUGUGGAGAAACAUUCAAGAAUAAAUGUGAUGCUUGUGAUAAAGAUUAUGUAAUUUCGUUCACAGAUGGACCAUGUAACCCAAGAGAUUAAACAACUUAAAACAAUAAUUAGGGAAAAGUAUGAUUAUUUAGUUUAAUAUAUAAAUAGUUUGUUAUUUAAUUAUAAAAAAGAUUAAAUUUUUAAAAACAUUAUAAUAUUAAAAUUUUUAUUUAAAUUAAAUUUUUUCAUAUAUAAAAAAAAUUAAAUAUAUAAAAUAUUG